AAACUCCACCAUUUUAAUAACCAUGAACCUCAGUACACUGGUCGGACUGUUGCUUCUGUUGUUUCUUCCUGAAGGCUUCACUGUGGACCUCACUUACCAUAUAGAGGAAGAAAGAAGUCCUGGGACCUUUAUAGGGGACAUUGCUGCUGACUCCCCUCUACUAAAUGGUUUUCUAAUUGAUGAACAUGAAAGGAUCUCCUUCAGUCAACUCCAACGGAAAGUGUCCGGAACUUCCCAACUGUUUAAUAUCACUAAACACGGGAGAUUGUUGACAGCUCAGACAUUGGAUGCUGAAGUUUUGUGUAUUUAUAACAAGGAAUGUUCUAGAAUCAUUAAAGUUGCUGUUCAUCAGAAAAAGACAUUUAUGAAGAUCUUAAAGAUUAAAGUCAUAAUAGAAGACAUCAAUGACCACCAGCCUGAGUUUCCUGUCAAAGAAGUCGACCUUCAUUUCCUUGAAUCAGACAGAACCAAAACAGUGAAACCAAUACCAAAUGUCAUUGACAAAGACAUUGGUGUCUUAAAUUCUUUGAUAAAAUAUGAACUUCGAAAGAACCCAGAUGAACCAUUUUCAUUGUCAGUCACCAAACGAGUUGAUGGCAGAUCAAAGAUUAAUCUUCUUUUGGAUGAAGAAUUAGACAGAGAAGUUAAAGGGAAUUAUACUCUUCAGAUUAUUGCUAAAGAUGGAGGAUCUCCACCCAAAGUUGGAAUUUUAAAUGUCCAAAUUUCAGUCAUUGAUGUCAAUGACAACUUACCAAUUUUCCACCGGAAUACCUUUAAUGUCUCCAUAAAAAGUAGCCACAACAAAAACAAACCCAUUAUUACAUUGACUGCUACAGAUUCUGACAUUGGAGAAAAUGGUAAAGUUUUUUACCAUUUCAGUCCUAAAACAUUAAAUGAAGACAAAAAAAAUUUCUAUUUAAAACCAGAUUCUGGUGAAAUUUUAUUAAAAGAAACCUUUGUUCCAGGUCAAAAACAAACGUACAAAUUAUUUGUGGAAGCUAUUGAUGGAGGUAAACCUUCACUCAGCUCCACAGCUCUGGUUCUUGUCAAUGUAAUCAACCAACAGAACAAUAGUCCCAUGAUUAGUGUAGACUUUGUGUCUGCAAUAUCAGAAAAUUCCACUGCAAUUCCUGAAGACAUUGAAGUGGGAAGUUUUAUUGCUUAUGUGAUGGUCACUGAUGAUGACUUGGGGCAAAAUGGUGAAGUGACAUGUGACCUCAAACAUGAAGUAUUCAAACUGUUGAGUUUAGGUUCUAAAGAAUUCAAAAUAACAUUAAAACGGUCAGUCGAUAGAGAAAUAAAAGAUUAUUACCAUAUCACCAUUAGCUGUGAAGAUCAAGGAACUCCUCCAUUGAAAUCUAAAAGAAAUUUCUCCAUCCAAGUCAUUGAUGUCAACGAUGUACAGCCUCAGUUUACUAAAGUCACAUACAAAUUCCUCACCUAUGAAAACAAACCCCCAAAUUUCCCUAUUGGCUUCAUUGAUGCUACAGACCCUGAUUUGGGGCCUGGGGGAGAGUUGACAUAUUCAUUAAAAGAUGAAGGUAAUUUGCCCUUGUUUAUAACAAAAAAUGGUUUCAUAUUGACAACCCAGUCACUAGACAGGGAGCAACAAGAUGUAUACAGAUUUAAGGUUUUUGUCAAAGACAAUGGGGUGAACUCCCUAAAUAACACAGCAAACAUUAUUGUGGAAGUGAUGGACGAAAAUGAUAAUGCCCCUUACUUCACUUUCCCCAGUGUUAGUCCCUUUAGUUUAGACAUUCAUUAUUAUCCCCAGAGUAAGAAUGACAUCACAGUCCUGCGGGCAUCCGACAGAGACAGUCGUGAGAAUGCAUUUCUCAGGUACGAAAUCAUCGCAGGUAACGACAAACAUUUGUUUUCUGUCAAUUUCUACACAGGGGUUCUGUCUUUCUCUCGAACAGUUUACCAAAAUGAUGCUGGGUCAUAUGACCUGCAGUUUAUAGUGAAGGACAGUGGGACCCCAGUCCUGUCAGCAACCACUGUUGUGGCAUUAACACUGACUGUCAGUAAUGAAACCUUCACGGCUUUCUCAGCUGUUCAAGUCCAAUCUGAAGACAUGAUAGACGUGAAGCUGGUGAUCAUCAUAGUCGUUGUAGCGGUGCUACUGUCCAUAGCCAUCGUUAUUUUCAUCACAGUGACUGCAAUCAGGUGCAAUAAUCAAAGAAACAAUACUGCCGCAGAGAAUCAGCCAUACCAAUCAAGGACGGAAAUGAAACAAUUAAUUUACCAAACCAGUAACCCUAUCGUCCUUGCAGGGAACCCAGAGGAGAUGUUAAAUAGAAACACACAAUCUAUGAAGUCUAAAAAUCAGUUUUAUCCAGAAGAAGAAUCACAAAAUGAAUGGAAAACAUCAACAAUGGUAACAACUUUACCGAAAUUAACAAAGAGGUAGAUUGGUUGUAUGAGAGAGGUUCCCUGCCCCCUGGCUGCAGAUCUCCGACUUCAGCAGAGCAGAGACUCAAAGAGCAGCAGCAGCUGUGCCUCAGUGUGGUGCCACCCUUAACACUAACAUCCAGAAUCACUUAGGAUUAUUGUCUGCUUUCUUCUUUCUACACAACAUUUCAUUCAUGGAACUCUGAAUAUCAACAACAACAGCCCAAUCCAUCCUCCUCAUAAUCUUCCUCCUUCUGGAAUCUGCAACUUGUCUGUGUUUCUUUGUGUGUUCCCUCCACCUGCCAUCUGUUCUCUCCCUCAUUUUAAAUUAUAAAAACAAAGAUUUAUAAAUAUAUAAAAAAAAAAGAAACAAAGUACAUGUGUAUGGUGUGAUUGAACCCCUGACCUUUCCUUCUGUGACUCACCUGAAACACUUACUAAAACAACAUAUCAUCAUUGAAGACAGUCACUUUUUAGUCACUGGUCAUAAACUAAACUGUCUGACAGAUAUUCAUCAUAUUUUUCUUCUUUUUUUUUAUUUUAUACAAGAAAAGUUUCAUCAGACAUUGCGUUUAUCAAUGUUUAAUGCCUAAAAAAUACAUGUAGCAAUGCGAAAUUCAAUUUGUUAAAUAAAAGUUACUCAACAUGUAAGACAUGUGUAAGGAUCAGACAAUGUUUGUCAAACACAGAACUUUUCUAAUGUGCAAGACACAUGUACAACAAUCAGACAUUGUGUUUGUCAAACACAGAUCUUUACAUCUAUGUACAACAAAUGUGUAGCAACUGGACACACGUUUUGUCAAACAUCAAACUUCUUAAUUGAGAAAGACAAAUGUAUAAUAAUCAGACAUUGUCAAACAGAGAACUUUGCAGCUUUAUAUGACACAUGUGUAACAAUCAAACAGAUAUAGUCACCUGUAUAAGACAAAUGUGCAAUAAUCAGACACUGGUUUAUCAAACAUACACUGUCUGAUAACUUUAUGAUAGAAGAAAAAAUUUAUUACCAUUGACAGCUCUCUC